UUGAAUGCGGUUGUGGCCUACGAUUACAAGCUGAUCCCCUCACGACUCAUCUCGUUAGUUUUUUCUGCUAAUUGAAUGCCCCAGUUAAAGAUAAUUAAACGGCGUGUGAAAGUGAUCGCCUGGUUCACGCGGAGGUUCCUCCACCACAAGCUCGUCGACGCGGGAAGCUCACGCGCAUGGCGCUGGGCACCGCAAAGCGCAAAGGUCAUCAAGAAGCAAUCAGUGCCUUCUCGUACUACAAGCGGCAGGAGCGACGAAAAGGCAGCGCCAUGAUCUCGAUUUCUCACCAUCAGUCGCCAGAAUGCUCAGUCUCACCCACUCCCACCACCACAUCGAAGUUUAAAGAUUAGCUGAUUGGGGGAUUCAGUUCUCUGCUUGAAGUUAAACCUUUGCUCCGCGAGCAAUUCGGCAAUGCCAGUCCCUCUCGCUCCUUAUCCCUCGACACUUCCUACUGCACCACCCUCAAGUGGUGCUCAGAGCCAACUUGUUUGUUCGGGCUGCCGAAAUCUGCUUCUCUAUCCAGUAGGGGCAACGUCAGUAUGUUGUGCCGUUUGCAGUGCAGUGACAACCACCGUUCCAACUCUCGAAAUGGCACAGCUGAUUUGUGGAGGUUGCCACACUCUGUUGAUGUAUAUAAGGGGAGCCAGUAGUGUCCAGUGCUCUUGUUGUCACACAGUCAAUUUGGCUCUGGAAGCAAAUCAGGUAGCUCAUGUGAAUUGUGGGAACUGCCAUAUGCUGCUCAUGUAUCAGUAUGGAGCAAGAUCAGUGAAAUGUGCAGUCUGCAACUUCGUCACUUCAAUUGGUGCUUCACCGAGCACUGAGGGAAAGGCCUAGCUAGUAAGAGAUCCUCGAUCGACAUAGAGAGAGAUGUUUGUAUAUUUCCCUGCAAAAAAUGCCGAGUGUCAAUCUUCUUUCCACCGAUUGUAUAGAGUUUCAUAUUUGGCGAAUCGAACUCUCCGAGAUAUCCCUCAAAAUAAGAAGAUUUAGUAUUGUGUAUUUGGCGAAGAAUUAUUGCAUGAAUAAACUAGAGUUGGAUGGAUGUUGUCUAUAGCUUUAAUGCCAGGUGCUCAUGAUUGGUAUGUACUAGAAAUGCAUGAUUUUAACUGUUAGACUUAACGAAUUUGUUAGCUA